AUGUUGCUGUACACCAAGGAGCUGGUCGCUCCGCGGCCAAAGUUCAGGCCGGGAUUACUUCGCUUUGAUCGUCCUCGCCUGCGAAACAAGUAUGGGACGAUGUUGCGCAGAUCCUUUGCCCAUUCAACGAUUCACGGCUUACAGAAUGCCUUUGAGGAGAAUCAUCUCUGGGAGCGAUUUUUCUGGCUCAUCAUUGUGCUGCUGGCCACUUUGGGUUUCCUAAUCACGUAUUCGAUAUUGGAGAACCGUCACAGGGAGCAGGUGUUGGUUAGUGUGGUGGCAACCACACAGUAUCCCGUUUACAGCAUUGAGUUCCCGGCAGUUGCCAUUUGUCCCUGGAACCAUGUCAACUGGUUGCGGGCUUCCACGGCGGCGGAGCGCUUUCUGUCCCCUAAGGCGGAUCGAUAUGUGCGUGAGACCUUCCGCCAGCUACUCAUUGGCAUGGAGCAGGUCACCUUUGGAAAAUUCCAAACGUUGGGAGCUCUAUCCAAGCGUAAUCUCUCAUCGCUGGUGAAUUUGAGCCUCACCAAGCUUGCCAGCUAUGUGGCCUAUCGCUGUGAUGAGUUGUUCGUUCCCGAUUCCUGCAUCUUUGAUGAGACAUCCUAUGAUUGCUGCCAACUCUUCGUCGCAGAGCACACUGAGAAAGGUCAGUGUUUGGUCUUCAACUCGAUGAUCUCGGAGGAGUCUCGCAAGAAGAGGCUAGUCAACGAGUUUUAUCCCUAUAAGAUAAGCAAAGCCGGCGAAGGCUCGGGAUUACAGUUUAUGCUGAGAUUGAACGAUUCCUUUUUGAGGAAGGGCACCAAGGUUCCCUUUUCCAUGAAUCUAAUGAUCAAGGGACCACGGCAAUGGUCGCAGCCCGUGAUCUAUCAUCUGUAUUCGAAUACUGAAAACUUCGUCUCCAUCGAUCCAUUGUUAAUAGAAACCUCCAAAACCACUAUCCAGAUGCAUCCCUUCAAGCGCCAUUGCUAUUUUGAUGAUGAACGUAAUCCCUACUAUCCGUAUGCGAAUUCCGAACUGCCCUACAGUCGUUACAACUGCAUCGCCUCAUGCCUGCAGAUGUCUGUUCUAGACCACUGCAAGUGUACAAUGCCUCUAUUCCUGCCACCCAUUGAGGGAACCCGCGAAUGUGGCGUCUUGGACAUCCAGUGUCUCUAUCGCCACAGGGACGUUUUUGGUUAUGUGAAAACAAGGAAACAAGAGAAGUACAUCAAUGAUACGCGUCGGGGUCAGUUGUGCAGGUGUCCAGAUAGUUGCAUCAUGCAGCGGUACAACAUGCUGUUGAACGUGCGCCAACUGGAUCAGACGAAUACAUCACAGUUCCAGAAACGCAUCAGGACGGAGGUUUACUAUGGACAGCGAGUAAUAACCAAGAUUGAGACGAAACUUCAAUACACUUUCACAGAUUGGCUAGCCGGAUUUGGUGGUAUUCUGGGUCUUUAUGUAGGCGCCUCGGCGUUGAGCUUUUUUGAGCUGGCCUAUGUGCUUGGCAAGCUACUGUGGAACCUACUUAAAGAUGGCUACGCAAAGAUAACUUUAAAACUCAACCGUAGCGAUAAUCAGGUCUAAA